AUGAAGAAAAACGACGAGUGUCACAACUAUGUACGGGUAUUAGCAAAAGACGGACCUUCGGAGGUUCUUGUUUGCGGUACCAAUUCAUUUGAGCCAAAGUGUCGACAAUACGAGCUUGAAAACGAUGGCGAAUAUGCGAAGAACUACGAGUUUCAAGGCCAGGGGCUGUCACCUUAUGAUCCUAGUCAUAAUUCAACUUUCGUUCGUGACGGCGAUAUGCUGUAUGCCGGCACAGUGAGCGACUUUUCUGGAUCCGAUCCGCUAAUUCACAGACGGAAUGUCACUAAAAUUGAUGAUCUUGGCAUCCGAACGAGUCGUAAUGACGCAAAAUUUUUAAACGAGCCACAGUUCGUCGGUUCUUUUAAGGAUGAUAAGUAUGUUUAUAUGUGGUUCCGAGAGCAGGCAGGAGAAUCUGAACGCUGUGAACGAUCAGUUUACUCUCGUGUGGCCAGGUUGUGCCGGUCUGAUGUUGGUGGUUCCAGGUACUAUUCAGCUGAAUGGACAACUUUUUUGAAAGCUCGUCUGAACUGCUCAAUUCCCGGCGACUAUCCAUUCUAUUUUGAUCAGAUUGAAGCAAUUGCUAAUCCCGUAUCAGGACAUUAUUUGGCUCAUGGGGAAGAGGCAAAAUUGGUUUAUGCAGUUUUUGGAAGCCCGUUGGCCGGGUUAUCAACAUCAGCGAUUUGUGCCUUUGAUUUAGCUCAUAUAACACGAAUUUUCUCUAAUUCUUCUUUUCGUCACGUUGAUUACAACAGGCAUCCAACUUGGUUACGAGAAGAUGCUGCUUCAAAAUAUCGACCUGGUACUUGUGUGCCAGAUUCGAGGAAGCUUCCUGAAGAGACUAUAGCUUAUGCUCGCACGAAUUUGCUGAUGGACGAGUCAGUGCAAAACUAUUUUGGUGCACCGCUCGCUGUACAUUCUGGUGCUGACCAUUUCACGCAGAUUUCAGUUGACGCUCAAGUUCGAGCGAUAGAUGGCCGGCAUUACGAUUUAAUAUACGUUGGUACAGAUCGGGGAAAUAUUUUUAAAAUAGUCAACUUGGCUAAGCCAGGACAUAAAAAUACUGUUUAUUCGCAUCAUAUUUUUACACUUCAUGUCACAAACGAACCGAUUCGCAAUAUGUUUUUAUACAAAAGUGAAGGGGAAGUUCAUGAAGAUUCUGUAAAAAAAGCAGAAAGUCACUUGAUUGUUGUCAGCGAUCAGGUAGUGCUUCGUGUACCGUCAACUCAGUGUGCUAAGUUUACGAGUUGUUAUGAGUGUGUCCGUGCAAGAGAUCCACAGUGCGCCUGGGAGACUGAUAAUAACAGAUGUGUUACGAUAACUGACAUAAGCGAUUUUCAACCGUCAUAUCUCAAAAGUCUCAAACAGGACAUCGCUGAAGGUCGAGGAAGCGAAAUUUGUGGAAUUCCUGCAACGUAUCAGCUGCAAUCUAGCGAAAGUGUUAUUUCUGGAAAAGGAGUAGUUCCUAAACUCUCGAAUUCGUUCAACAGCUGUUCAUGUGAGAAGAAAGAAACUGUUAUUGAAAGUUGUCCACCAAGUAAUCUUGCAACAGUGCCUGCUACAGUGACAUCAGAAUCUACAUCAUCCACUGCUGGCGAAGGUGGCAAGAUGGUCACGCUGCUGCUGGCCGUUGGGAUUUUUUUCUGCGUGGUAGGAUUUCUGCUGGGUUGUUUUUACACUCGGUGGCAAAUGUCGCAGAAAGGGAAGGGCAGCUCAUUUGGACGAUCAUUAAAGCCAAUACCGGCCAAUAAUAUGCAGCAACGAACACCAAACCAGAGUCCUACCAAUGUUAUUAACGCAUAUGAUGUUACUCCGAAGGCUAACGAAGUUCCACGUCCCGCAAUACUACCAUUUACUCCGCAUGUAGAAAAAACUGAGAAAUCGUCACAAUCAGUAUUGGGUUUGGAAACUUCAAUAAAUUACGAAAGCAAGCAGUCAUACAUAUAG